GCGUGCUGUACGUUCGCUGGACGUACGGCGAGCUCUUCAUCGACCUAUCACACUCCAGGAUGCUGCACUGGCAGCUGCUCGCUGUCGGCAGGAAGGGCCCGGAGAGAAGCUACUCCAUCGAUGUGACUCGUAACGUGAUGCGUGCCAGCCUCCCUCUUCCUCCUGGUGAUAUCUACAACCUAACGGUGACGGCGUGCACCGAGCGCAGCAGGAACACCUCCAUACCGAACAUCAUCAAACUUGAGCCGGCGGCGCCGAGGUCCCUGUACGCCGUGAACGCCACGCACUCCACCGUGACGCUGCUGUGGAGCGAGGAAGGAGUCGUGGACUACUACACGGUGCUCUGCAGGCCCAACGCACCCAGCACACAGCACAAGGCCCGUGAGCCCCAGACGGCGAGCUCCCACGUGGUCACCGUGUCCGGUUUGAUGCCUGCGUCCUCCUACAACUGCACCGUGACCAGCUUCAGCUACAGCACGCCCAGCAAGCCGGCACACAUCACCAUCAGCACCGCAGCCAAAGAGAUGAACCCGAGCGUGGCGGCGAUCUCGGCUCUGGCCGUCCUCAGCGUGCUGGUCAUCAGCCUGCUGGUUCUCUUCCUGCUGGUUCUCCGCAAGAAACACCUGCAGAUGACCAGGGAGUGCGGCGCCGAGACCUUUGUCAAUUUCGCUUCGUUUGAAAGAGACGGGAAGCUUCCUUAUAACUGUCCCGUGCAGCUGGACGACUUUGAAGCGUACUUCAAAGAAAUGGGCAAAGACUCGGCCUACAAGUUCUCUCUGCAGUUUGAGGAGCUGAAGAGUGUCGGUCUGGAUCUUUCCCAUGAUGCAGCAGACCUGCCCGUCAACAGGCCGAAGAACAGAUACACCAACAUCCUCCCCUAUGACUUCAGUCGGGUCAAGUUGUUCUCGAUGCACAGCGAUGAAGGACUGGACUACAUCAACGCCAACUACAUACCUGGCUACAAAAACACAAAAGAGUACAUCGCCACUCAGGGUCCGCUGCCCGAAACUCGCAACGAUUUCUGGAAGAUGGUUCUGCAGCAGAAAUCUCCGAUCAUCGUCAUGCUGACUCAGUGCAACGAGCGACGCAGGGUGAAGUGUGAUCACUAUUGGCCGUUCACAGACGAGCCGGUGAUGUACGGAGAGAUCAGCGUGGAGAUGCUGUCGGAGAGCGAGUCUCCCGAGUGGACCAUCAGGAAGUUCAGGCUGGGCUACGCUGAUGAGACUCAGGACGUCCUGCACCUGAACUACACCUCGUGGCCGGACCAUGGCGUUCCCACGGUCAACGCCAUCGAGAGCAUCCUGCAGUUCGUCCACAUCGUCCGUCAGCAGGCCAACCGGACCAAAGACCCCGUCAUCGUCCACUGCAGUGCUGGAGUCGGCCGGACGGGGACCUUCAUCGCUCUGGACCGUCUGAUGCAGCACAUCCGGGAGCACGAGUUUGCAGACAUCCUGGGGAUGGUGUCCGAGAUGCGCUCACACCGCCUGUGCAUGGUGCAGACUGAGGAGCAGUACGUGUUCAUCCAUCAGUGCGUCCUGUUGAUGUGGCAGAAGAAGAAGCAGCAGUCCAUCACCUCUGAUGUCAUCUACGAGAACGCCAGCAAGACAUAAAGAUGGAGGCUCCUCCAGAAGCUGCAAACACACCAAACCUCCUGUGCUUAAGGCAUCCAUUCCCUGCAGAAGAAGAUCCGCUUCAUCAUCAGUGUCAAAAAACAAACAGCAGAACAUCACGACGGGAACAAAUAUCCAGUUUUAUGUUUGAAUUGGUGUUAAAGCACGGGAUGGAGUUUUGCCUUAAGGAGCCUUCGACUGACCAACAUGUUGAACCACAACCCUGCCCUCUGAACUGGACUGACUCGCGUCAACGUGGGGUGGGAGGAGUCGGAGGUUAACGAGCUCCGUUCUGUGAUUGGUUGUCCACACUGUGUCCGUCCUUAUUGCGGUGAUGAGUCGGUGCAACUGAGUCCGCAGUUUUUCUUUUUAUUUCUUUUUUAAUCUCAGGAGUAGCUGAAAAACCAGCAAGCACACUGGCCUCUUCCUCUGCUUCCAACAUAAUUUAUCAUUCGUUAGUUUUAGGUUUUUUAGCAUCGUUGAUAGUGUUCACCGUCCUGCAGAGUGCAGCUUUCCUGGCAUUUUGCAAUGUCAGAAUCAAAGGCAGUAGAUUGGUACGUUACUCACUGCCGAACAUACUGAACAUGGACUACAACAUGUUGAUUAGUAAAAACACCAACUGUUCUAACAUGCUAACCAACUGCCAGGACUGCUGCACAGAUAUCUACUAGAGAACCCAGCAAGCAUUCGACGAACAGUAAAGUUCUGGGAAAUGAGCACAAAAUUUCGUAACGUUGAAGCUGAUUUUUGAUUGGUAAGUUGCAGUUUUUUAAAAAAACAUUACGAUUGGAAAGCUUCUCCAAGCAUGAUUAAUGUCUGGGUCGAAGACGUAAUACCAUCAAACUAAAAAAAUAUAUCUGUCACCUAAUCGAAAAAUUAGGAACACUUUUGCUGCAUUUCAAACGAGGUGAAUGUUCCAGAUCUCAGCUUGGGAAAGUGUUUUAUCAUAAAAGUAUUUUGGUACCGAUUUCACAAAAUGCUGCUCGACUGCGUCCGAACUUUUUAUUCUGUCCGUCGAAUCAACCAUUAAACGUCUGAAUGUUUGCUGGGUCUGGGCACAAGGAGUAAAGGGCACAAAAACAGUUGAAGGGAACGAAGGCCUUUCUGUGGGAAGACGAUCCCCAUGCUGCCGUCCCGCCGCGGUCGGGCGCGUCGGAGGCCAGUUUAGAGACUGUGGUUGUAGAGCUGUAGUUUGUAUUUGCACUGAGGCCUCGGAGCUGCCUGACCUGCUGACAGAAGAAGGGAAGACUUUCUGCCGCUGCUUCUGACUGUGGAGAAAUGUGCAGCCAUGUCGCUCGAUAUUCGUCCCGUCCUGUGGGCUCUUUCUAACGGAGGAUCUCGAUCUGAAGACGUAGAUUAACUUUAGACUACCAGAGACAUUUUGACCCCCCAGAGGUUCAGGAUCUCAUCGGCUGCAACAACCCUGUUU